GUCGCAGCGAGUCGAUGGUCUCAGACGACUUCCCCUCGGUGUUCCUCUCCCCGUCACUCGGGGACGACGAUGACACGGGACUCGACUUUGACCUUGACGCCAUGGAAACGCCCUCUGACAGCGAAUCACUGGCCUUCCCCAUCUACGACCUGGACCUGGAAGACGACCUGCGGCGCCUCGGCGUGGCGUCCCGGCGCCGCAGAGCGCCCGGCUUCAGCCCCAGGUCCAGGUUCCAGUCUGGGGGCGGCUGCGGAGCGGAGGCGGAGCACAGCGAACUGGGAGCUCUGGAGCGGGAGGACAUGGUGGACGGGCAGGGCACCAGGUGGCGCUGUUUCUCCACCGGCGUCCCUCCGCAGGAGAGCCGCGUCAACAUGAGCGUCCUGGAGCCGUUCCUGCGCGUGCUGUCACACGGAGGUUACUAUGGAGACGGUAUGAAUGACAUCAUCGUGUUUUCCUCGUGCUACCUGCCGCAGAAUAGUCUGGAGAAUUACCAGUACGUGAUGGACAACCUGUUCAGGUACGUGGUGGGGACUCUGGAUCUGAUGGUUGCAGAAAACUAUGUGAUGGUGUAUCUUUGUGCUGGAGGUCAGAAAGACAAACUGCCGGGAAUCAGCUGGCUGAGGGAGUGUUACACCACCAUCGACAGGAG